AUGGUACUUCCAACGCUUCCGACUAAGGUUGCGAGACCGGCUGAUAAGUCGCCACCACACCACAAGUUCGAGAAGCCUGUCAAAAAGAUUUACGACGGCGCCGAUGUCUCGUUCUUUCUGACCUCGCUAGCCUACCGGGAUCUCACAACAUUCAUUCUUCAAUUGAAUCGUGCAGUCGUCGCGCGGAAGACCAUUGUGAAGGACGAGUUUGUGGCAUACCCUCUCUACGCUCCGAAUGUGAAGGCUGGAUGGGCUUGCCAGAAUAUCUGUCUACGAGUGCUCCUCGAGAAGUUGGACGCUUUGAUCGACGAGGCUCCUCCGGAUACGGGACCGAGGCGUUUCGGCAAUGUCAGCUUUCGUCUGUGGUACAAGCUUAUGGAAGAGCGAGUCAGAGAUCUACUCCGAACGUAUGUCGCUAAUCAUCUUGAAUGGGAUGUCCCGGCAGAAGAUAUGGAAUCAGCGCUGGAAGAGAUCGAGGCCUACCUCCUAGGAAGUUUUGGCAGUCCACAACGACUCGACUACGGCACUGGCCACGAGCUGAGCUUCAUUGCGUUUUUAGGAUGCCUGUGGAAAUUGGGACAAUUUGGUUCCGGCGGUCCAACGGUUCCAGAGCGAAGUAUUGUGCUCGGAAUAAUUCAGCCGUAUCUGACACUGGUCCGGAAACUCAUCGUCACCUAUACACUCGAACCAGCCGGCUCGCACGGUGUCUGGGGUCUCGACGACAAUUCCUUCAUGCCAUACAUCUUUGGAUCAGCACAACUCAGCCCAGCAAUCGAAGAGGGGGGCGACACGCCAACCGAGGGCUCAUUGCCUGGCGCGCCUGAGCCGAGCUCCAUCUCGAAGCAAAACCUGGUGGAGAAGGAGAAGGACACCAACAUGUUUUUCUCUGCAAUCAAUUUCAUAUUCGAGGUCAAGAAGGGCCCAUUCUGGGAGCACAGUCCAAUGCUAUUCGACAUCUCAGGCAUCAAAGACGGGUGGGGCAAGAUCAAUAAGGGUAUGCUCAAGAUGUACGACGCUGAGGUGCUAUGCAAGUUCCCUGUCGUUCAGCAUUUCCCUUUCGGCUCGCUGUUUCGGUGGGAGAAGGAUCCGAAGGCAAAGCCGCUUCCAGCUUCGGUACUCAACAGUUACCAAGUCGGAAGUGGUGGACCUGGAGCACAAGUCAGCACAGCGGCGCCUUGGGCAGUGGGAGCUCCAUUACCGGGACGCAACGGAAACAUUCAAGCACCAAGUGCAAGACCUGGACCACAGUCAGGCACGAAGGCGCCCUGGGCGGCGACGAAGCGGUAG